UUUGCUAAGUUCUAAGAUUCCCCAGAGGAAAAUAUGUCCCCACUGUGCAUCAGAUCAGAUAUCUCCUUUUCAUGAUUUUUGGUCUUUUGUUGUUUGGAUUCUAAGAAAAAACCAAGUAAGACCCAUAACAAAGAUAAUUCAGAAGCAAAAAAGCAGAACACUUUCUCUCUCUCUCUAUCCUUGGUCUCUUCUCCCACCACCUUGGUCAUUUCAUUUUCUAACAUUGUUGUUGUCUAACAAGUCAAGCAUUCACUUUUGGCCCUUUGACUUUUUCUUUUGUUUGUGAAAGUUCUUACAAAGAUAAUAUCUGAGUUUUUGGGGUUCUGCUUCCUCUUUGUCUGGUAAUGGUGUUUGGUUAGAGACCCUUUUGAGUUCAGCAAUGGAGGACUCAGCCAAGCUCCGAUUGGUGCGGUGCCCCAAUUGUCAAAACCUCCUUCCUGAGCUUGCUGAUUACUCUGUUUACAAAUGUGGUGGUUGUGGUGCUGUUCUUAGAGCGGGGCUUAAUGGUUAUGGAAAUGGUAGCUUGUGGGAGAUUUCAGAUGAGGGACAGGGUGGAGGAGGUCUUGCUAAAUCAGGAAAAUCCUUGGGGAAAGGGGUAGUUGAUUUGAGUGAUAAUUCAGAUAUUGAUGUUAAGUCAAAUGGUGGUUCGUCAGGGAAACAAAAUAAUGGACAUGUAAGGAUUCUGAAUCAUUUUGAGGAUGGUGAUGAGGAAGGGGUUUUGGAGAAUGGAUUUGAUGUUAAUAGGAACCAAGAUAGAUGGGGUAAAUCAUUAGGAAAAGAGCAGCAAGAACACAAUUCUCGAAUGGGAGGGUCCAAAUUCUCCGUGAGAAGGUCUGAGAGACGUGAGGUGGAGGAAUUUUGGAGAAAGCCAUCAGCUGAUAUGGAAGGUGUGAGAUUUUCCAAUUUGAACUAUCCUGAUGAAGGAACUUCAAAUGGCUAUUCCAGUUCUUCUUACAAGUAUGGGGAACAAUGGAGGGAUUAUAAAGACAUGGAUGGAGUGAGCAAGGUUCAGCACCUUGAGCAAGAUAGAGCUGAUCUUCUAAGGAAGCUGGAAGAGUUAUCCAUGCAUCUGAACAAGUCUUCUGAAAUGGUUAAUAAACCUAAAGAAAAGGUUCUUCCGGAUGGAAAGGUGGUUCCUCCAGGUCCUUACAAUGGCCCUGAUGCUUGGUUUCGAGAUGGACCGUCAGGGUUGAACAGGACCUCAAGGCAAUUCAUUGACCCUAAUAAACAUAUGGCAAAUUCCCCUGAUUUCAAUUACUAUCAUGAUCCAUAUGCUUAUAAUACAAAUGGUCAUGAAAGAGCCAUGUUUGACUUCCAUCCUUCAAUCCCUAACCCAAGUUUUAUUCCUGGAUAUGGGGAUCCUUUCAUGUCGCCAAUGAUGAGAGGUCCGCAUCCGUUACCACAUCAGUUCCGGCAACAGCCAAUUCAUCCCUACUUUCCCGGCCAUUAUGCUGAUGGUCCAGAUUCAUAUGGACCAUAUGCACAUCGUGCUAUGCCUCACCCGCAUUCUUGCUCUUGUUUUCAUUGCUAUGAAAACAAAAGAAGAGGUUCAGUGCCAGCACCACCUGCUGGAGUCAUUAACAGCAGAUUCGCUCGUGGCACGAAUGAUCCUAUGGUAUACCAUCAUGAGAUCCCGGGGGCUGUUGGUCCACAGAUUCAUAAUUCUAGAACUUCCAUUCCUGCAGUUGGUUUUCAAGAAAAGCAAUUGCAUACAAGACGGCCUGGCGACUUCAAUUCUGAGAUGGGUGGAUUUGUCCGAAACUCUCCUAGAAAAGUAAUGCCAGCUAGUAGGCGGCCUUGCCAUCCUAUAGCUGGUGGUUCUCCUUUCAUCACAUGUUAUAACUGUUUUGAGCUACUGCAACUGCCUAAAAAAGCACUGGUUAUGGGGAAAAAUCAUCAGCAGAAAGUGAAAUGUGGGGCUUGUUCAACAGAAAUUAAUUUUUCUGUCAUCAAUAAGAAGCUAGUUGUUUCUUUUCAUCCAGAAAUGGAGGAAACUGCCACAAGGAUUGAUGAUAGCUCUAUUGAGGUUGUGAAUAGUUGUGUGUCACAUUCACAUGGUCAUGUAAACGCGAGUGGUGUUAACUUCUCAUCUGAUGAUUAUUCUGGUUAUGAUUUUCAUUCAGUAGAUAGAGAAUCUCCUGUGCUGGCUGCAGAUCCAAGCUUGAGCUCUAGCAAGUCCCAGGAGAUGCAAAAAUUCCAUUCUUCAUCUCACAGUACCUCUGAAGAUGUAAAUAGUCCAGAAGUUUUGAUUGCACCAGGCGAAGUCACUAAGUCCGUUCAUCAGCCAAUUGAAGCCUCUCUGUCGCCUUCACCCCCCGGCUCACCUCUUCAAGAGAAUGUUGAUUGUUCUAGUAAUAUUUACCAUGCAGUGAAUCGGUUUGGAAAAGGCAACAGAAGUAGUCGCUUAGAUCAAGAGAAGGCAAAAAUAGAAAAGAAUACCUCAAGGCAGAAUUCUUUGAAACAGGUAGUGCUUGCAAGUGAGAUGGAUGUCCAUGAUUAUUCUAACAUCGGAGUCUCACAGGUUUCUCGUGAUGCAAGCCAAGAACAUGACCAUAACAAAGGAGGUGAAUCGUUUUUUGCAAACAUUAUCAAGAAAGGCUUCUGGGAUUUCUCCCAAUCUAACAAAAUAGAUGAUCCUGAAAAAUGUAAUGUUACUGUGAAUGGACGACCCAUAUCAGAUCAUGCGAUUAAGAAAGCUGAAAAGCUAGCUGGGCCAAUCCAGCCAGGAAAUUACUGGUAUGAUUUUCGGGCUGGAUUUUGGGGUGUCAUGGGUGAACCGUGUCUUGGAAUAAUUCCAUCACACAUAGAAGAGUUCAAUUAUCCCAUGCCAGAUAAAUGUGCUGCUGGAAAUACUGGCGUUUUUGUGAAUGGUAGGGAACUUCAUAAAAAAGAUUUAGAUUUGCUUUCUCGUAGAGGACUUCCUAAUAAUAGAGAUAGAUCUUAUAUCAUUGAAAUUUCUGGGAGAGUCCUGGAUGAAGACACAGGGGAAGAGCUUGACAGCCUUGGUAAACUUGCACCAACGGUGGAGAAAGCAAAGAAAGGAUUUGGCAUGAGAGUACCCAAGGCAGCUGCAUAAUCUAAGUGGAGAAAUAAAGAUUCUAUAAAGGUUUGAGAAGUAGACUUUUGUUACAUCCUUGGCUACGACACAUUAUUUUAGUAUCAGAUCACAGGGAAUUUUUUCUGAAAUGUUUGCAAAAUUAGUUGAAAUUCAUUUGUCUGCUGACUGCUGCAGUGAUUUUGCACAUGGCUUGCAUUUAUAUUAUAUUUGUAAAUUUUUCAUUCUUGUAUGGUUAAAACAGGACAUAAAUAAUUGUGUGCCACACAGUGUUGCAUCUUGUUAAACAAUCUAUUAUCUAUUAUUAUAUUCGAUGAGCAGUUCUAGAGUUGAAAUGUUAA